AUGGAUGUAGAUAUCAACACCAAGAAACAAUCAAUUGAAGAACCAGGCAACGCCGAUGUGGAUGCGACUAGAGCUAAUGGAAUAGAUGGCACCAAUAGAGAUAUUUCUGAUUUGAUUGAGGUUAUUGACAUUACUCAACAGGGUAUUGAAGAUGAUGUAGAAAUAAUUGAGGACGACGAUGACGACGAAGAUGAGGACGAUGAAGAUGAAGGUGUGAUUGUUGAACGUGGUGUUAGUGAUAAUGAUGAUGACGUGAUCGUCAUUGCUGAUGAUAGUGACACCGAGAAUGGCAACAAUAAAGAUCCUGCUGCAGCAAAAGCCAAUGAUUUCGCUGCUAUUGCUGCUAAAACCAUGAAACCAGUACAGGACUACCCCAUAAAAGACGAAACUCAUUACGUUUGGGAAAUUAAAGACUGGAAUCUGUUGAAAGAAGAAAAAGUUAGAUCGCCCAAAUUCAAAUGCGGCGGAUAUGAAUGGAACAUCUUGUUGUUUCCUCAUGGGAACCAGAACAACAAUUCUAUUUCAAUAUAUAUGGAACCACAUCCACCACUAGAUGAAGAAGGCAAGCCCGUCGACGAGAAUUGGUAUGUAUGUGCCCAAUUUGCUUUAGAUCUUUGGAACCCACAUCAUCCUGAAGCUCAUAUGUGCAAUGGUUCUCAUCAUCGGUUCAAUAAAGGUGAAACUGAUUGGGGGUUCAGCUCAUUGAUAGAACUCAAGCAAUUAACCCACGGUGUGAACAAUUUACGAAAUCCAACUCCUCAUCCUAUUUUGACAAAUAAUCAAUUAAAUAUUACGGGGUAUGUUAGAAUAAUUGAUGAUUCUUCUACUGGUGUAUUAUGGCAUAAUUUUAUAGACUAUGAUUCAAAACUUGGAUCUGGAUAUGUUGGAUUGAAUAAUCAAGGUGCUACAUGUUACUUGAACUCGUUAUUACAAAGUUAUUUCACCACUAAAUGCUUCAGGAAAUUAGUUUAUGAAAUUCCUACUCAUUCAACUGGCGAGUUAUCAAAUGUGGCUUUAUCAUUGCAGAGAAUUUUCUACUUAUUAUCGACUUCCAAUGAACCUGUGGCUACGUUAGAAUUGACCAAAUCGUUUGGAUGGGAUUCUUCAGAUGCAUUUACUCAACAUGACGUUCAAGAAUUAAACAGAAUCUUAAUGGAUAAAUUGGAAACAGCUAUGAAGGGAACUAAAAUUGAAGGCAGAUUGAAUGAUAUAUUUGUGGGGAAGAUGAAAUCUUAUAUUAAGUGUGUCAAUGUUUCUUAUGAAUCAUCGAGGGUAGAAGAUUUCUGGGAUAUUCAAUUAAACGUCAGAGGAUUCCAAAAUUUAUCGGAAUCAUUCAAGAAUUAUAUUGAAAUUGAAAUGUUGGAUGGUGAAAACAAAUAUCAAGCUGGUGACCAGUAUGGCUAUCAGGAUGCCAAGAAAGGUGUUGUAUUUGAAGCAUUCCCACCAGUAUUGCAUUUGCAAUUGAAGCGAUUUGAAUAUGACUUUGUUGUGGACGAUUUGGUUAAGAUUGAUGAUUUCUAUGAAUUCCCCGAUAAAAUUGACCUCAAACCUUAUUUGGAUGAAGAUUUGAGUGAUGAAAUCAAGAACCAAAAUUGGAAUUAUAAAUUGCAUGGUGUUUUAGUGCAUCAAGGUAGUAUUUCCAAUGGGCAUUAUUAUGCCAUGAUAAAACCAUACGCCAACACCGAAACCUGGUUAAGAUUUGAUGAUGAUAAAGUAUGGAAAGUUACCCCUACUCAAGUCUUCCAAGACAAUUUCGGAGCUCGUGAUUUGACCCAAACUGAAUUGAGUAAAAUGUCAAGAAUUGAACAACAGGAUCAUUUAAUGAGGAGAGUAACUUCAGCUUAUAUGUUGGUAUAUUACCGUGAAAGUGAAUUGCCAAGUAUCCUUCCUGACAAUGACGAAUCUAUAGAUGAAUCUAUCCCCAAACAUAUUCCGGCCCAAAUAAAAUUUGAAAUUGAAGAACGUGAAAGAAUCGAAAAACAAAAGCAAGAAGCAUUAUAUUACAUCAAUGUCAAGUUAAUAACCAUCAAUACUAUGAAUCACAAUGCUGGAUUUGAUCUCGCCUUGGAUUCCACUGUGGUUAAGUUUUAUGAUGAGUCGUUAAAGGGAACUUUGUGUGAUCCGAAAUCAUUCAAGGUGAAGAAGGAAGAUAACUUUAAGGUUUUGAAUGAGCUUGCCCGAAAUGAAUUAGGAUAUGAAGACGCAAAUGGAUUCCGGUUGAUUACUGUUUGUCAUAGAAAUAACCACACUAACCGUGUCGAUGAACCUGUUCGUAAUGAAUUGGUAGACACCAAUGUGAACAAUGUAUAUUUCAAAUCAUUCAACCGGAAAUUUGACGAGAUGGUGUUUUUUGUCGAAGAGUUGAAUAAAGAUAUUCGAGCAAUAAACAAGUUGACGACCAUUACUGAGAAAGUUACACCUGAAAGUUUUACUUUUGAUUUUGUAUUGAAUAAAAUUCAAGAUGUGGGAACUCAGCAGGAAUCAGACUUGAAAUUUAAAAACAUUGAAGAGUAUUCAAAGAAUAUCCUCUUAUUUAUCAAGUACUUUGAUCCUAUUUCGCAAGAAGUUCGAGCAUUGUCACACAUUAAUGUAUCCAAGGAUGAUGUGAUUGAAACUAUAGUUGAGCCGAUUAGAGAAUUGCUUGGGUUUAACGAAGACGUUUCAUUGGAAUUGUAUGAGGAAAUAUCUCCCAUUAAAAUCGAAAAGCUCGACCAAGGUGUUUCAUUUGAUAAACAAGAAUUGAGUAAUGGUGACAUUAUUACUGUCCAAGUAUCCAAUGUGAAUGAUCUUGCCGAGGGUAAAGUUUAUCAUAAUUUGAAAGAAUAUUACCGAUUCUUGUUGACUAGAAUUCGUAUUUCUGUGGAACCAUUCAAAGCUGAGAUUGAUGAGGAAGAUUUUGAUUUUGUCGAAGGUGAAGGCAAAGAAAAGGAAGAAAGCGUCGAUAUUCAAAUUGCCAAGAAUUUAAGCAAAACUUUCCAAAUUUGGGCAUCAAUGGAUUAUAGUUACCACCAAUUGGCUGCUGAAAUUGCAUUACGAUUAAAUGUGGACCCUAACUAUUUAAGAAUAUUUGUAUUGAGCAACAAGGGACAGAGAUAUCCUUUGAAAACGACCAACCAUUUAUCACAAUUGUUUCCUAAACAUAUCCCCGCCAACCAAUUGAUUCAUUUCGAAUAUGAGAUACUUAAUAUACCAUUAAAGGAUUAUGAAAACUUGAAGGCAGUCAAGAUUCAUUGGUUGACUAGUUUAUUACAAUAUCAAGUAUUUGAAAUCUUGAUUUCCAAAACGGGAACUGUUCAUGAUUUGAUUGAAAAGUUAUUGCACAAGGUCAAUAUUCCAAAGAGUCAUUUGAAACAUUUAUUAUGUUGGGCAGGGAAUAAUCAUAUUUUUGCUGAUUUGGUUAGAUUUGAUAUUUCGUUAAACCAAAUUCAAGAUGGUUAUGACUUAUAUUGCGGUGUUUUCCCUGUUGAAGUUGAAAUAUUGGCGGCACAUAGUGUAGUAGCUAGAUUUACCGAUGAUGAAGAAGUGAAUGAAGAUGAUGAUGUGUUUGACAAUGAGACAGUGAAAGAGGAGUUCAUAUUGGCCAAGAAGGAGGUGAAGAACUUGAACUUGAUACCUACGUUCCAUUUCCACAAGAAUACCACUUAUCGCCACGGUGUUCCAUUCUUGCUUACUGUUUAUCGUGACGAAGUAUUCAAAAACACCAAGGAAAGAUUAAGAAAGAAGUUAGGGUUGGGCAUACAAGCAUUUGAAAAGCUUAAAAUUGCCCUUGUUGACAAUGAUGAGACUUCUAGUGGUAGCUAUGUAGAAGAUGACGAGUUGGUUUUGUUUGAUGAAAUUGGAAAGGCAUCAAAUGGUGUAUCGAUUGCAUUAGACCACCCUGACCGGAUAAAACGCCUGAAUCAAUUCGACAAGGGGAUAUCUAUAAAGUAA